AUGCCAAGUUUUCCUGCCAUUUCUCAACACCUAAAGUGGUCGUGUGCUGUAAUUGCGAAAAUUAAAUUUCAAGAUAAACGUAAUGAUGUAAUUUUCCUCGGAACAAAAGUGAAUCCUACUGUUAAUUUGGUUUAUUUUGGAGGUGAUGUACAGGAUUACGAAUAUAAUAUGAGUCAAAAUAAUUUUAAUAAUCAGUAUAUUAGAUGGAAUUUGGAAGAUACUGCCCAAAAUUUGUAUGUACGAUUUACCAAUCACUUUCGUGACUCUAAUCCCCAUGUGUGGAUUAUUCGUGCUUCACAUUGGAUAUCUAAUUCAAUAGCUUGUUAUGUUAAUUUCAUGCCUUUUACGAAAUCUGGUGUGCCAUUAUUUGAAAAUGACGAUAUCUGUAAAAUGACAGGAAUGAUGCAUUUAAGUUGUUUGCUGUCAAAUGCAGCUAAAAAGUUGUUAAAUUGUGAAGCUAAUAUACAGUGUCAAAUAUCUACUAUCCCUAUAAGACUGAUUGGUUUUAGCAAAGGUUGUUGUGUUUUGACAGAGAUAUUAUAUGAAUUUUCAGUAUUAUCCCGCUCCAAAAAAUUACCCACUGAUUCCGUGAAAGGUGUUCCUGCACAAGUAUUGGGACUUUCUCAAAUCAUAACAGACUUUUACUGGCUUGAUUCUGGACAUUCAGGUACACAUCAUCAGUGGCCAGUUUCGCUUAACUACCUAUCUUUGCUGAACCCCGUCUCAUGUCCCAGAAUACAUGUCCAUGCAUCUCCCUAUCAGAUAAUGAACCAGCUAAAACCUCAAAAAUCUAAUGAUUUUUAUAAAUUUCUGGAUAUUUUAUCUCACUUGAAUUUGCCUUUUAAAAAGCAAUUGCAUUUUAUGCCUGUUGAUCAUGAAAAUUCAGAAUCACCGUUUACCAAUUUGAGAUCAAAAAAUGAGAUGAUCUGUUCAUUAGACUAUCAUUUCGAGAUUUUGAACCACUUUAUGUUUUGA